UUCCUCUCUCCCUCCCGGCAGUGCAUCCCCAUCCCCCACACGGUGGCCGUCUCUUUGGGUGAAAGCUGUCUUCUCUGCGCCACUGGUCCGACAAAACGUUGCUGUAGCAGAGCCAGUCCGCACCGACCUAAGACCGAGCAGACACACAGUAGAGAUCACGUACGCACACGGGAAAUCUUUUUUUGUUCUACCGAGUGGCUUUGAUUUGCAUAUCCACUUCCACUCCUUCCUCAUUUGCAUACAGCAAGAAUGGCGAGCGGGCAUCCCACAGACAAAUUCAGUUUCAUGUAUCAACCAGACACGCACAAGAGUAAGAACAGGUUAGCUUCAGCUAUGAAUCCAGUCUACAGCCCCGUUCAGCCUGGCACCCCAUAUGGAAACCCUAAAAACAUGGCCUUUACAGGCUAUCCAGGAGGGUAUACUGCCACAGCUCCCACCUAUACGCCCAACCUCUAUCAAACGGGCAGUCCUGGGUAUCCACCAGGAUAUACUUCAGCAGGUACCCCGUACAAAGUACCUCCAACUCAGUCAAAUGGAGCGCCUCCUCCCUACACCCCCACCCCCACCCCAUACCCAACAGCCAUGUACCCCAUUCGCAGUGCCUACCCUCAGCAGAACCUAUACGCACAGGGAGCAUACUAUACCCAGCCAGUGUAUGCGGCUCAGCCACAUGUGAUUCAUCACACCACCGUGGUGCAGCCUAACAGCAUCCCCUCCACAGCCCUCUACCCUGCCCCCGUCCCUGUCCCUGCUCCUCGCAACAACGGCAUGGCUGCCAUGGGGAUGGUAGCUGGGACAACCAUGGCCAUGAGCGCAGGGACCCUGCUGACAACGCCCCAGCACGCCCAGAUUGGAGGACACCCAGUUACUGUGCCAACCUACAGGGCCCAAGGGACACCUGGGUACAGCUACGUACCACCUCACUGGUAGAGCCCACCCAUCAUAUCUGGAGUCCACCAUCGUAUGCAACUGCUCAAAUCUUACACGGGCUCCCACUGGUAACCAUGGGAACUCAACACCUGUCUGCAAGAACAAAACUAAAGUGCAACAGCCACUUUACUAUUAUUGUUAUUGUUAGUAUGCGACAUUCUAAGGUUUUUACAAAAGCUGCUUUUAUUUUUUUCUCUGUUGAUUUGCCAACCAGUCAUUACCUUAUUUUGGAUGGCUAUUUUUUGUUUUUGUUUUUUUUAUUUCCUCAUUUUCUGUUGUGUCAUUGGAACUCCAGAAGGACUGUUGACCAAUCACGGGCGUCAGUUGCUCCUGUUUCUGUGUUGUGCUGGUGUGUGUGUGUGUGUGUGUGGUCCUUCCUCAGGUCAGUUGGCUGGAAAAUAUUGGGCACUUAAACUCCGAAGUGCACUCAUUAUCAUCUCCGUCAGUCACAACAAAGACUUAAUGACUUAAGCUCCCACAUUUCUAACAACUAGAUAUCAGCACAGGGUUUUAACAUAAUAAGCAUUUUAUAUUUUCCGGUUAUUUAAUUUUUUGAUAUUCUUACUUUUACUCAUCUGAAUUACUUUUUUUCUUUUCUUUAGACUUUUCCUACCCUUUGUUGUUCCCUUCUGUUUAUCCUUUUUUCCGCAUUGUUACAUUUUCAGUUUAAUCUCAGUCGGCCUCCAGCAUUCAGCCGUCUGUUGGGCAGUAGUCAGUCCAUCCUCCCUGCCGUUACGUGUCUGUGAGUGCUACGGGCAGAUCACCGACCAUUACCCAUGCUGCUGCUCGCCGUGUCCACAUUAGCAUAGUACACACUAAGAAAAUUUCACCUGCUAAAGACGAUACAGGCUAGGAUGUUAUGACACUAUCGAAAUCUUAACCUGUAACACUCACACUUUCACACUUAUAAUAACCAUAUCAACAUCAUUGGUGGACACACACACACACACUCACACUCUCACACUCACACUCACACACUCACACACAGGGGCUCCUGUGUUGUCGGAAAAAAACACAUGAUCACUUAGUGGCAUUUACUAUACAAUACCUUCAGUUAUGUUGUUACCGAUCAACACACACACAACGUGAGCUUCUAGGGGCGUCCGUGGCAGACGGAAGGAGUUUAAAGGGAUUGUGUUGGCACGAGGUGAUGAGAGCAGGACCAGAUGGAGAUCAAACUUUAAGGAAGGAGGAGGAGAUCACAUAUUCACAGUUGGGUCAUUUCAUUUGGAGGUACAAGACAUUUGAGUUUGGGACAUCUCACCUGCAAGAGGCCACCCAAACACUAUGUUUGCACUACAUGCAUUGUACAUUGAUUACUCACUGUGAUUACAUCACCUCCUCUUCCAUCCUUCUUUCAGAUGAGGACUUUAUAAUCAAACACUCAACAAAUAGAAACCCACACUCUCAAGUGUACAGUUAAAAGUGGACCAGUCAAAUGCAUGUGUGCUGAUGAAUGGAUAAGUUUCAAUCCACUGGUCCGUUCACAGUUUUGUGAGUGCUAAAAAGACCAAACCGGUGACAUGGUGUGGUUGUUUACCACAAUAAGGAAGACAUGAUGGCAAAUCAGAGGGCUGUAGUGUGUGUGUGUGUGUGUGUGUGUAUACACCUGGUCCAUGUCAUAGCGAUGAUUUGUCGGUAUUGCCACAUGAAUUGCAACAGCACUGUAGUCAAAAAAGUGUCGGCAUUAGUGUUCAUGGCUGCAACAGUUUAAGAAUAUUAAGACAUUUUAGCGAGAUUGCAGAGCCGUGAUGACGCGGCCACAAAGUUUUAAACAGGUUCAGUCCAGUUGGCUUUUUAGACUCUAAGACUUAAAAAAAAAGAGAGAGAAAAAGAUUCAUACAUUUGUUCACAUUUUUUCCUGGAAAUUCACACAUCUGCUUUUGACUGCAUUUAAACAUAGUUGUCCUUUAUUACUUUUUUUAAAUCCAUGCAUAACCUUGAUAGUCAUCACAUAGGGAUAUUUGAGCCAAUGAGACGUGGACCAUAUACAGCUAUUUCUCUUUUGUUUCCUGUUAUGCUUAUACAUGUAGAAGCAUUUAUGUGCAAAGGCAGUAUGAUGACCCAUUUUAAUCAAACACUACAAACAUACAGAGUAGUGGUGGUGGGGUUUAAUAUUUAAGUGCGGCGUGUGGUUAUUUUCAGGAUUUACACAAAAAAAAAACUUAAAUUACAAGUUCCUAAUCUGUAGAGUACAGAUUUGUAGAACAAAAAGCAUUUACUGCGCAGGUAUGUAGAUGAAGUGGUUUGAUAUUGCAAUAAAAUAAGAGGGAUCGCCUCAAACUUAACAGUCAUUAUUUUCUGAGUGUUUUGAAUUGAUUUAAAUAAAAAAAAUGAAAGGCUUAUUGUAAUAUCUAAAUAUGGAUUACAGGCUCUGUAUGCAGCCUUCAUCAAUAAUUAUUGCAAAGCAGAGAAGUAGGAACAUAUCAAAAAUUUGAGUAUUGAUUAACUGUGGAAAUAUUGCAGAAUAUAAGACAAAAGAAAAAUUAUAAUUUAAUGCUAAGUAACAGGUACCUAUCUUGGUAGUGCAAGAUGAAGUAACAAUUUAUAUUGUAAUUAAAAAUAAAACAAUAAGGUUGAGUGUUGAGGUAUUCUUAGUCCAGAUGUUUGUACACUAGUAGGUUAAUUCUCAAGAAAAUAUUGCAUAAUUCCGCUGUCUGAUGAAAACCGUCUAUCUUUGAGCCUUAUUUUUGAAACGUCCCUUGUAUUUUACAAGAUAAGUGGAUGUUUAUGGGUCAUAUAGUGUUCCCACCACGUAAGGUCUUGUACAUUUAACUCAAGCCAGUAAAACUGAAAAGAAUACAGAAAGUGGGUUUUCUUGCGACAGCGUUAAUAUUACUCGUCAUUAGGAUUUAUUUAACCAACCACUACUUCUGUCAGUAUUUCUCAAAGUCUUAUGUUUUUUGUUUUUUUCCACCUUCUUUCCCUCUGGUCAAUUGAGCAUAAUGGAUAUGCAUAAUAUUCAGGUGUAUUUCACUAUAGCAUUGGAUCUCUAAGUUAAAAAAAAAAAAAUGCAGUAUAUUUAUACAGCAAGUGGUACAGUAAUGUAUUUCUAGCUAAGCAUGGUUGCAUCAGUGUGGCAGCUACUGUUUGUGCUUUUAAUAUAUAUAUCUAUAUAAUAUUUCUAUUUUCAUUUUGUACCUUUUCUGCAUCUCUACAUGUCAGUUUCUGACGAGGGGAACAAGGUCUGUCAGCAAACUUGUGGAAAUUUUCAUCACCAAAUCGCACAAUUUAAUAGGCUGAAUUUACAGACCUUGAGGAAGCAGAGGAUUAAUGACAGAAUUGAAAUGGAUAGCAGCUUCUUUUUUUUUCUUUGUUUGACUGAAUAAUGGUUGGCACGAUGCUUUCGGGGGCCUUCUUCGCUGUCCAUUUCUGUUCUGUGGGUGCAAAGAUGUAUCGAAUGAUGAAUGAAAACCCUCAGCCUCCACGCCCUUUGUUCUGUGCCAUAUUUCACCAACAGCUAAGUAAAUAUUAGUUUAUUCUCCUAAGUAACUGGUGAAAGAGUCCUUGUUAUGUCUAGCUUCCUGUGAAACUGUGUUUUCCUGUUGCUGUCCUAUUCCUCACAUUGUUAAUGCAUUUUAACUCACUUUUAUCUUUCUUACUCUAUCCUCUGUGUAUCCUAUUUUCACUUCAGAGGCCAUUUUGCAUCCCUCCAACCAUUCAAAUAUUCAGUUUUUUUUUAAAUCACGAUCAGGGAUGCAAAAUGAUGUCGAAUCACACGCUCAUCGGAUCACAUUCUGCUCCCUCUCAUGUCUUUUAACCCUGUGCUCUCUAUUUUUGUUGUUGUCUAUGUGCUUUCGGUCGGACCUUUGCAACCCUCACCACCCUGUAGCAGUAGCAGUCAUAAUGAACUAUAUCAUAGGCAUUGAAUUGGUGUCACUAACAAUGAUAAUCGAUUUUUUGGGUGAAAUCUCCACUGAGCCUUUUUAAACACUAGAUGUCGCCAGUGUCUGGAAGUGGCAUCGCCGUGAUUCAAGGCUUUGCACCAGAAUGAUUAAAUUAAGGAUUUAUUGGUGUCAUUUACACUCGAGAAUUACAAUUGGAUGACACCUUCUAAGCACUGAGAUUUGUUUGUCUUUUCAGACGCUUUCAAAAAUCCCAUUUCAAGCACAACAUAACGUUUAUUUCUUCUUAUAGGAGGAGUUGAUUAUUUUGAGUUAAGAGUUUUUAAUGGACCAAUGCAUGAAUGCUCUUAAAAUACUAAUUUUCUUUUAACAUGGAGGCUCAGUAGGGAGGCAGACCCACAGAGCAUUUGGGGUAUUAGUAGUGAAGUUAAAGACUCCCACAGAGCAGUUGGUUUUGUCAGGGUGGUGAAACUGCUUCCUCAUUUCACGCCAGUCCUCGCCUCUCAUUUAUUUUGAUUUGCACUUAAGGCAAAAUGGACAUUUGAACACUUUGUGUUCAGAGGGGGGAAACGCAAAGUUGUCUUAAUCAUGGGUUUAUUUACCUCCCAUCAUCUUGUCCUCGGUGACCUUUCCAAACGUCGAAUGCUGGUAACUUUAAUGAGGAUUGCUCAGUUCUUUUUAGCGUCUACUCCAGUAUACUUUAAUACAAUGCUUCUUCACUCUACCGUGAAAAUGCGACCAGAACCAUUCAUAACAAUCCUUCCAUCUUCCCUUGUCUUUUUUUGCCUUGCAGUUGCUAAGUCUUAGUUUUUUCACAAGUAUAAAUUAAAAAAACUACUAUUCCGGUGAAUAGUAGGCUCUUACAUGUCUUUGAAGUUCCGCUGCAGCUUUUUAAUUUCAAUUUGUCAAUGCUAUCUCUUAGUUUAAUUUGACACUAAAUGUGAUGCAAAAAGUGGAAAUUUCUUGUCUUCCAAAAAAAAGCAUACUUGUAUAACCCCCUCCCCUUCCUCACUGGAUUGAGUAUUAGGAACAACCCCAUCUUUGGAAGUUUUAGUUUGGUACCCAGUUUGCACAUGCUAUGGUAUAUCUGUUACCGUAAAGUUGUGUUUAAAACUGAAGCCCAACGUCUGUUCAGCGUUGAGAGAAGUGAACUGUAUGUUAGCUAUUUGGUCCAGAGUGAAGGACCAGCGUCAGGCUUGUGAUAUGAAGUGUAAAUCUGUUUUUAAUUUGUUUUUUUAUGUUUCGUUUUUUUGUUGAGGGUUUUUUUUUUUUUUUUUUUUUUUUUUAAAAGAUCAGUUAGUGAUCUAGUACUAUAACUAAGCCAAGUUUGUAAUUGUAUAUUUACUGUAAAAUGUAGAACAUUGAAUAACUAUUAAAAUUUUCCUAUAAAAGGAA